UUGAUGUCGGGACUCCUUGCCUUGUCUUGGGCUCAAAUGAGCUGUUUGCUGUUGUAGGGAAACAUUAGUCCUCUACCAAGCAGCCAGCCGGGGGACGACACAUCUCAACUUUUUUUCCUGUAUGUGGUCGGGGUUUGUACACUUUUGGAGGCGCCCCACACAGAGGAGAUAUCACACAGAGAGCCCUUAAUUCUUCCUUUAUUUAUACUUUUUUUUUUAGUUGUUAUUUCUAAGUGUGUAACAUCGCAAAGGGAGGUGGGAGAAGUAGACAUGCCUCAGCUCAGCAGCGGCGGUGGGGACGACCUGGGAGCGAAUGAUGAGAUGAUAGCGUUCAAAGACGAAGGAGAGCAAGAGGAGAAAAUCCAAGAAAACGCGUUCACGGAGAGAGACCUGGCCGACCUCAAGUCCUCCCUGGUGAACGAGUCGGAAAUAAAUCAAAGUCCGAACGCAGCGGCGGUCAGACGGGGACAGCAGGGCGAGCAGAGGGGCUUCCCAGAUAAACACCGGGAGCAUCUCGACGGAGUGUCGAAGCAGCAAGAUGGAGGCAUGUACAAGACGCCGUCGUAUGCGGGGUACCCGUUCCUUAUGCUGCCUGACCCCUACCUCCCCAACAGCUCGGUUUCUCCAUCUUCCAACAAAGUGUCGGUGGUGCAGCAGUCUCACGGGAUGCACCCGCUGACGUCCCUCCUGCCCUACAGCAACGAGCACUUCAGCCCGAGUCCUCCACACCUGCCCACAGACAUGAGCCAGAAGACAGGCGUUCACAGGCACCAGUCCCAGGACCUCUCAGGGUACUACUCCCUCCCUCCAGGCGGUGUCGGCCAGAUCACUCCCUCCAUGAGCUGGCAGAGCCAGCCAGUCUACCCUGCCCUGUCCCCCUGUGGAUUCAGGCAGUCCUACUCCUCCAACCUCUCCAGCGCCUCCUCCUACUCCAGGUAUCGUAGCCUGCUGGUCGGACCAAGCCGGACCGAGCCAAGAAAGUUCCCUCACUCUCUGAUGCUCGGCCCGUCAGGCAUGCAUCCUACAGGGAUCCCCCACCCAGCCAUAGUGCCCCCUACAGGCAAACAGGAGCACGAUCAGUAUGACAGGGGCAUGUACGUGAAGCCACAUGUUGAGGCCAAGCGGGAGAAGGAGCCCAAGAAGCCGGUUAUCAAGAAACCCCUGAACGCCUUCAUGCUCUACAUGAAGGAGAUGAGGGCGAAGGUCAUCGCCGAGUGCACAUUAAAGGAGAGCGCUGCCAUCAACCAGAUUCUGGGACGAAGGUGGCAUGCACUGACCCGAGAGGAACAGGCCAAGUACUAUGAGCUGGCCAGGAAAGAGAGACAACUCCACAUGCAGCUCUACCCGACCUGGUCUGCCAGAGACAACUACGAGGCGGGCCUUAGCGGGGUCGCAGGGGAAAAGAGUAAAGCUGAUUGGGGCAAAAAGAAGAGGAGAAAAAGGGAGAAGCUGCAGGACUCCAACACAGACCCGGGCUCUCCUAAGAAAUGCCGGGCUCGCUUCGGCCUCAACCAACAAACGGACUGGUGCGGUCCCUGCAGGAGGAAAAAGAAGUGCAUUCGCUACCUUCAAGGAGGAGGCUGCCCCAGCCCAACUUCUUCAGAUUUAAGUGCUAUAGACUCUCCCCCCUCCCCUUCCCCCGCCCGCCACCGCCUGUACCAGCACCAGCUGCCCCCCUCCCCGGGCUGCUCCCCACCACCCACCUCCCCGUCAACGCACCUCCCCUUGUCCCCGCCGACACACACACGCUCACACACGCGCUUACCCCUGCAGCAGUCCGCCGGCAAGCGAGGCGACCUCCGUCAGCCCGCGACCAAACACACCCACACACACCUGGAACUGACCGGCAAGCAGACGCACAGCUCGACGACGGCGCUGUCGGCCGCCAAGGCCGCAGGACUUUCUCUCAAAGUGCUAACAGAGUCUCAGUGAUCGCUCCGGGCCGCUCACAUCCCCGACCCUGUUCACCUCAGCUUUGUCCAGAGCCAUGAAGAUCAUCUUCAUCACCUGCCUUCAUUCUCACAUUUAUCUAUACCCACUGGGGUCCUUUUGUUCGAUUAAAAUAGGAGUGGCAGGGUGGUGUAGUGAUGAAGGGGGAGCCCAUCCGCCCUGCUAGAUUGCCCAGGAGUAAGAUUCUAGCUGUGUCUCAGUUCAGAGGCUGGAUCUUCCAUUGUGCAUCAACAACAACAAGAUCAGGGAGGCAGAUUCCGUCUCAAAGCCUCCAUCACAUGGGCAGUUAUUUAAUCAAGACUGCAGGCAAUCCUUGUCAACCUGAAGGUCUGGAAAUACUUGGCAGAUAUGUGGGUCAGGUGAUCACCAGUCACUGGGAAAUUGCCAUCAGCCUGGACAUGGUAAUAACUUUAGCUACAUUUGGUGAUCAGUAAGAACAACUUCCUGGUCAUGAACAAGGCUGUUCAAUGAAGGCUGGGCACACUCUUUGUCAGCAUACAAGCUAUGGGGUGUGACACAUGCACAAUGUAACUGGAGCUGCGAUGUUGGAGGGUUACAGCAGACAGCACUAGAAAUAAAGGGAUGGUGUCCAAGAACUUUUGAGUACACUCAAUGGAUGCUGGCUGACAUAAAACAUUUGCAUAUAGAAAGCAUUUGUUUUGGUCUUUUAUUACGGGCUUUUUUAAUAAUUAGAGAAUUGUAAUUCUCACUUUUAUCUUUGUUUUACACACAAAAAUAUUCCGACCCAAAGCUGACCGGGGACGCCUCAGUAAAAUGAAUCAGUCAUCCAUGAUGCAGACCAGAUUUCACUUGGCAUGUGUUUGACCUCAUUGGUAAGGCAUGAUAUGACACUGUGACAUCCUUGGUCAUUAACUUGGAAAUUAUAUAUUUUAAAGAGGUUGAUGAGGAACACCUGAAUGGACCUUCUUCACAGUGGACAUCAUGACUUGUCAUAGCAGGAAAAGCACUGGUGAAAGCGAUAACAUUAACAAUCAGUUCCAUUAAGUGUCCUGGUGUGCCAGUAUACACCAUUUCAGGACCUCCUCUAAGUGCGAGACAGUAAUCAUUCAUGUUUUUGAAAUACACCUGUGCAUUUCCUACUGUGACGUGUCAAAAUGCCUGCCAUGACAAAAGUCUGUGUAGCAGAGCCUAUAGCCUCAUCCUUGGGAAGAUCCAGCCCCUGAGCCCUGCCACUUGUACAGAAGCAGACCAGUUCUACAAAGUAAAACUCCUUAGCCCCGCUCUGUGCUCUCUUUAAAGCCGGCCAUGUGCUUUGACCUCUAUGACAAUCACAAACAAAAUUGGACAUGAGCUUUUGUUCAAUGAAUCAUAUCGUCACACUCUUCUUCCGAGGCCACAGUGUUGUUACACACGCUUUCCUCCACAUUCAAGGGUUUACAUACGACCAUCACAGCUGUCACAUAUCCACCACCAUCACUCAGAGGGGGGGCAGAGACCAACACCCAGCCAGCCUGACCAGCAGAACCUCAGCUCCAAAGAGAGGGACAAUAUCACUUUGUUUAGCUGCCAUUUUGUUUUCACUGUUUGACUUGAGUUUCAUCCAUAUCCAAACAUUUCCACAAUUUUUGCUCUCAGAUAAGAAAAAAAAAAAUAAGCAGGUGAAAAAGUCUCUCACAUGACAAGUAUCCCCAACUGCAAGUUACAUUAUCUCUUUUAGGCACUUUCAGGCUCAGUCUCUCACUAUAUCAACCGUUACAUUUUCUUCUGUUUCCUCCUAAUUUUUGGUAUUUUUGUAUGAAUCUUGUGAUUUUUUUUUUUUAAGGUCAGAUAUUUUGCUGGCGGGGAAACCCUCAGAGAAAAGACGAGGGAUUUUUUUUUUGUUCUCCUGGCUUUUUUCUUUUGACUGAACAUUUUGCAGCUCUGUAAACUUAUGAGACCAAAUGGGUACUAUUAUAUUGCAUUGUGUUGUAAAGUUUUUUAAAUGUCAGAACUCCCUAUUCUAAUGAAACUUUUAUAUGUUUUUAUGUAAAAAAAAAAAAAAAGUGGAAUACCUAAAAACAAAAAAAACCUUUUAGUUUCUACCAUUUCUUAAAGCAAUACAUUUUGUUUGUCUUCUUGUGCAGAAUUUUACUUUUUGUUUUUCAGUCAAGUGUUACUGCAGCAGCGUUAAAAGAAAAAAAGAUAUCUUGUGUUCUCGAUCUGUGCAUGUUCCAACUUCAGUGUAACAAAACUAGAUUUUGACUUAAAAAGGCUUUAAUUUACCGUCCUGCUUGCAGCUUCACUCAGCUUCCAAUGCUGUGGACAAACUGUAAACUGAGCUUUUUGUACAGCAAAACUGUUUUUCCUCCAGCAGAGAGAGCUCUUGUGCUAGAAAUAGCUUGUUUUAUUUCGAGGAUGUUCACGUCAGUAGUGGGAACACCUCUGAGAUGUCUUUUGUAUUUUUUACCCCUCAGACGCCUCUGAUGUAUUACUUGUUUUGUUUGAUGUAUUAAAGUGUUUUGAAUAUCUCGUCCAUGUCUGCUGUUGUUAAAACACAAGGAAUAUUUUAAGAUUAUAGUGAGACAAUUUGUCCCAAAGAUGGUCAUGCCCUGCAGAGCCUUCCAAACAAAAAUGACACACACCAGCCUUUUUAUGCGUUUUAUUUACUCCUUCAAUAAAUGUUUCAUCAUCCCCAAAACCCCCAGCAUCAGAGCUUAAUCUGAGAAAAGUUUCCAAUUCAAAACAACAUGAAUUAGGAAGGAGUUACUCGAUGCUGUGCGACAACACACAAGUACUUCCAAAGUCCAGAGGACGUGAUGCAACAGAACAUCUUUCCACCUCAAACUUCACUUUUCCUCUAAAAACAGCCCCGUCCUCUCUGAACAUGGUUUCACAACAAAUGCAUUUACAGAGCAAAAAAUAAAAUAUUCACCCUUUCAUCUCCAUUGUCAAAAAAACCAUUUUUAUUUAAUCAAUUAACCUAAAAGAAAA